UUAAUUCUGUUUCCUGUCUUCCGUUUCAAACGUUUGAAUGCCAACAAGACAAACUUGCAGCUUCUUUCUAACCUUUUCAAACCAAUUCCUCAAUCAUCAAUCCUCAAACAUAUCGAAAACAAAAACACCUUCUCUACUUUAUGAUUCACCUCUCUAUUCAACACUAUCAUACUUCUUAGUUCAUUAGAACCAAUUUUUCAUUCACCCCAUUAUUUAUUUCUUCACAUUUUUACUCAAUUACGAGAAGCUGAGUUGAUGGUGAUGAAGGAAAGAGAUGAAGAACUUGCUUUGUUUCUUGAGAUGAGGAGGAGAGAGAAAGAGAAUGAAAAGAACAAUCUUCUCCUUCUUGAAAACUCUGAUGAACUUGAUUUUUCAAAUUUGGAAUCUAAUCAUGAGAACUCUAUGAUUUCCAAGAUGGUAUCAUCAAAUUCACCAAAGAAGACUGUGGUUGAAGAGUUCUUGAAUUCAGAAAAUGAUAAAUCUGAUUAUGAAUGGCUUCUUACUCCACCUGAUGCGCCGCUUUUUCCUACUUUAGACAAGGAGUCACAAAUAUCAUUGAAGAGUGAAACGGAGACUCGCAAUUCUCGUCCAACAGCUUUAAAACUACGGGUAUCUAAUAUCCAAACAGAACCUAAUUCAAGAAGCAAUGUAGGUUCUAAGAAUCAUACAACAAUGCCAGGUAAUGGUGGUAAGAGAAUUUCAUCGUCACGGGGUCCAUCUCCAGCUACUUCAAGAUCUUCAACACCAUCUGGAAGGCCAACAUUACCUUCAACAACCAAAUCAUCUAGACCGUCUACGCCUACCUCGCGAUCCACGUUAACUUCUACGAAAUCGACAGCUCCACCGGUGAGAUCGUCAACUCCUACUAGGUCCACUUCUAGGGCCUCCACGCCUACUUCAAGGCCUUCCGUGACAGCUCCUAAGUCAAGUCAAAGAUCAGCAACUCCGAAUCUUCGGUCAUCAACUCCAUCGAGGACGUUUGGGGUAUCUGCUCCUCCCACUCGACCUUCAUCAGCAUCAAAAGCACGCCCUGUUGUUGCUAAGAAUCCAGUGCAAUCACGUGGUAUCUCUCCAGCAGUAAAAUCUAGACCUUGGGAACCCUCGCAAAUGCCUGGCUUUACUCACGACGCUCCUCCGAAUUUGAAAACAUCAUUGCCGGAAAGACCGGCUUCAGUCACUAGAAAUAGGCCUGGAGUACCAAAUCCGAGAUCAGCUUCUGUUGAGGCCACUAGCAAUGCAAAAUCUAGAAGGUCAUCAACCACACCUUCAAAAGGACGCGCUUCAACAGGGCUUCCUCACAAUAAUCAUAGCUCCAUGCAUGCUUUGAGUAGAGCCCGUUUCACCGAUAGUGAUGAAGAAAGUCCUGUUGUAAUCGGGACGAAAAUGGUCGAAAGAGUUGUGAACAUGAGAAAACUUGCACCUCCAAAGCAUGAUGACCCUUCUGCCAACAACAACUCUUAUGGAAAAUCUUCAACUGGUAGCUCUGGAUUCGGAACUACGCUUUCAAAGAAGUCUUUAGAUAUGGCAAUGAGGCAUAUGGACAUAAGACGAAGCAUUCAGGGUAAUAUGCGGCCACAUGUGACGAGCAUUCCAGCUUCGUCUAUGUACAGUGUGAGAUCAAGUAGUUCAUCAAAGAGCAAGACAGUGAGUUUUUCUGAUUCGCCGCAUGCCACAAGCAGCACUGCUAGCUCUGAACUUAGUGUAAAUAAUAACUCCAUAUCUUAUGGAAGUGAGAUUGAAGAAAGUGAUUCUUAGAAGAUGGUUUAUGGAAUCAUCAUCACUCAUAUAUUGGUCAAGGCAUGAUUAGUUAUGCAUUUUUGCAUUUUAUUUGUAUGUGGUGGAACAAAUAGCACAGAUAUAUGGUGAGAUACUAUUUUCCAUGUAAAUGUGCUAAGGUAGAAAGUUUGUAGCAUAGAAGUACAAAUUCUUGUGAUACAAUGAGAGGCUACCUUGAGAGUUGAGACGUUUGAUGGACUUUGUACCAGGAAACCUUAUAGCUAUAAGUUAUAAGUUUGUUUGUAGUACAAGAUUCAUUGUGCUGAACAUUUUGAACUAUCAAUUGAUGGACUUGUUCAAUUGUUACU